AUGGGAUCUCCAACUACUGGGUUCUGUCUGAUAUUCUUAAUCUUGUUUUAUCAUCUUCCUUGUGUUCUAAGCCAGGAAGAACCAAAUGGGUAUUGCGAAACUCUGUUUCAGUGUGGCAACAUCACACUCGGUUUCCCAUUUUCGGGGGAGAAUCGCCAAGAAGAUUGUGGUCAUCCUUCUCUGAAACUUAACUGCAACAAACGCUCAAACACAACCUCUCUUACAAUCUCAGGCCACAACUACAGUAUCCUUCAUAUAGACAACAAAUCCAACAUUCUUAGACUUUCAAGACAAGAUUUCUCAGGUCCUUUCUGCUCUGCUUCUUUCUCCUCCACACCUUUGCCUCCAGAUCUUUUUCAGAGUUUACCGUCUUACAAAAGCCUCACCGUGUUCUACGCUUGUGACACUCGUCGUCAUUUCCUUGGGAAUUUCACAUGUCCGAUGAAAGGAGGUCUUGGUUCGGUGAUUCAAGACUCUACGUAUUAUAAAAUGUGUGAUAAGCGUUUCAGCGUUACAGUUCCUACAAGUUUUGUUCCGGAGGAGGAAGCUUCGAGUUUGACAUAUUUGGAAAAUGUUCUGAGAAAAGGAUUCGAGGUGAAGCUGAAGAAGAUAGAUGAGAUGUUUUGUCAAGUAUGUGUAUCCUCUGGUGGAAACUGUGGCUUCUUUCUUUCACAACUGGCUUGCGGCAAGAACAUACCAGGAUCAAGAAACAUCAAAUUUACCUUUACCACAUCAUCGUAUAAAGUUGGUGAAACGAACAAUAAUCGCUCUAUACUGAUAAUAAUCGGUACAGUUGCAGGAUCAAUUGUGACUGUAUUUAUGGUGAUGACUCUAGCAUUCUUGUUCUGGGAGAGAAGAAAAACAAAUGCACAGAGAGAUCAGAACCUCGAUGCGCUUGUAACCCUGAGACGGUAUAGUUAUGGACAGAUCAAGAAAAUUACAAAAUCAUUUACAGAAGUAGUUGGACGAGGAGGAUUUGGAACUGUAUAUAAAGGAAAGUUACGCGAGGGUAGUAAAGUUGCAGUGAAGGUCUUGAAAGAUUCAAAGAGCAAUUGUGAAGAUUUCAUAAACGAAGUUGCAAGCAUGAGCCAAACAUCUCAUGUGAACAUUGUUUCUCUGCUUGGUUUCUGCUACGAAGGGUCCAAAAGAGCCAUUGUAUAUGAAUUUCUAGAGAAUGGGUCUCUGGAUCAGUUCAUAUCAAGCGAGAAGUCACGGGAUCUAAGUGUGAGUACGCUAUACGGAAUUGCGUUAGGCGUUGCUAAGGGACUUGAGUACUUGCACUAUGGUUGCAAAACAAGGAUUGUGCAUUUCGACAUUAAACCUCAGAAUGUAUUGUUAGAUGACAAUCUAAGACCCAAAGUUUCUGACUUUGGUCUUGCUAAGCUUUGUGAGAAGCAAGAAAGCAUUUUGUCGUUGCUCGACACCAGAGGAACGAUAGGAUACAUUGCUCCAGAGUUGUUUUCAAGAAUGUAUGGAAGUGUGUCUCACAAGUCAGAUGUGUACAGCUAUGGAAUGUUGGUUCUUGAGAUGAUCGGAGCAAGGAACAAAGAAAGAGUCGAAAAAGCUGGUUCGAACAAUAGCUCGGCUUACUUUCCGGAUUGGAUUUACAAUGAUCUUGAAAAUGGAGAUAUCACAAAGCUUCUUGCUGAUGAAAUAAACCAAGAGGAAGAAGAGAUUGCGAAAAAGAUGAUCUUGGUGGGUCUAUGGUGUAUCCAGUUAUGCCCAUCAGAUCGUCCAUCGAUGAACAAAGUCGUAGAGAUGAUGGAAGGAAGCUUGGAUUCUCUUGAAGCCCCUCCUAAACCUCAUUUACAUUUGCCAAUGGGAAAUCUUUCAGAGUUAUCUCGGCCAUCAGAGGAGGAAAGCUCAAUUUAUUCACAAGUAUGA